UUGUUGAAGUGUUGUCUACAUGGGUGGACUCUUUCCACUCAAGACCCAAGUUGUGAAGAGCUGACAACUUUAAAGAUGAUCGCACUGUGUCUAAUAUUUCCACUUCUCGUAGAGAUGGUUCAUGGGGUAGCUGGGAUUGAAUCUUUAUCCAUACGUCAGGAGAGUGGUCUCAAGUCAGCCAAAAUUGGAGACACAAUGAUUUUGCGUUGCUUCUAUGAAGGCGACAUGGCCAUGCAUUUCUCCUGGUACAAGCAAAACUUGGGAGAUAAACUUCAGCUCUUCUCAACCAUUCAUUAUAAGUAUGACAGGAAUGCAACAUUCUACCAUGAGUUUAAGGAUAACCCUCGCUUCUCAGUGCAAAAUGGCCCAAAAAAGAAUCACCUAAGGAUCUCAGACAUGCAACUCUCUGAUUCCGGCACUUACUACUGUGGAAAUGCUUAUACCAAUAGGGUGGAGUUUGGAAAAGGAGUUAUUCUCAUUGUAGAAGGUUCCAGAAACAUGCCUAUACUCCUGCAAUCUGUGUCUGAGUCAGUCCAGCCAGGAGACGUUGUGACUCUGAACUGUACAAUUCACACUGAGACCUGUGCAGGAGAAGACCGUGUCUAUUGGUUCAGACGUGGCUCAGGAGAAUCCCCUCCAGGAAUCAUGUACACCCAUGGAGACAGGAGUGAUCAGUGUGAGAAGAGCCCUGAGGCUGGGUCUCCUACACAGAGCUGUGUCUACAACCUCCCCAAGAGGAACCUCAGCCUCUCUGAUGCUGGGACGUACUACUGUGCUGUGGCCUUAUGUGGGGAGAUACUGUUUGGGAACGGGACCAAGCUGGACAUUCAAGUUCCAGAGCAUUAUUCUCCAUUUGAUCUAAGUCCUACUGUUCUUGCCUUGGUCGUGUCCAACAUCGUUCUUGGGACAGUGACCCUUCUGCUUGCCUGGGCACUUUACAAGAAUCUGAACAGACAUCACAGAGGGAGGAAAGAAGGUCCAACAUCCCAGGGGAACCAGAAUCAAGACAGUGAUGUGUUGAACUAUGCUGCUGUGAGUUUCACUCCCAAGAAGAACUCUUCUCCCUCCGGAAGAACAAGAGGGAAGACCAGCAGAGAGGAUGCAGUGUACUCUGAGGUCAGGUACCUUCAGCAGGAGUGAGAAACACAGUAUCACCACUGUCACAAAGACUCCAAGCAGAACCAGUUUACUCUUUGUAAUAAAAUGACUGUUAAUAACUGAAAUGUAUGUCAUUUUGACAAUGUCUAUAUGUUAGAGUUAUAUGAUUAUCCUGUAAUGCAUUCAAACCUUAACUUUUUUUAAUGAAUAGAAAUUCUCUGAUAGAGGAUCCCUUGUUCGCUGUAUGUUUAUGUUUUUUUAUCAUAAUAAACUCUAAUAUUUGAACCCUC